UUUUGACACAACAAAUGAACGAAUCCAAUUGCAAGCAAAUACCAAAAACAUAAUUUUAUGAGUCAUUUUUUUGUAAACAUCUCGAAUUGUUAUUGAAAAUUACUUUAAAAUACAAUGGGUUUAUUUGGAAAAACAGCUUCAAAAGAUCCCAAAGAACAGGUCAACGAAUGGACGCAUAAAAUCCGUAAAGAGGGCAACCAACUGGAUCGACAAAUUCGCAGCAUUCAACGAGAGGAGGAAAAGGUGAAACGAGCUCUGAAGCAAGCCGCAACCAAAAAUGACCGUGACACUUGUGUAAUAUUGGCCAAGGAAAUCGUUGGUGCCCGCAAGGCCAUCAACAGAAUCUACACCAGCAAGGCGCACCUCAAUUCGGUGCAGUUGCAAAUGAAGACUCAAUUAGCUACCCUCCGAGUUGCUGGUUCCCUGCAAAAGUCCACCGAAGUCAUGCAAGCCAUGCAAAACCUCGUUCGGUAUCCCGAACUGGCCGGAAUUAUGCGGGACAUGUCCAAGGAAAUGAUGAAGGCUGGCAUAAUCGAUGAAAUGCUCGAAGAGACCAUGGACAGCCUUGAAGAUUCAGAGGAGCUGGAGGAAGACGCACAAAAAGAAGUGGACAAAGUUCUGUGGGAGAUCACCGAAGGCAAACUCGGCGAAGCACCUCUUCCUCCACAAGGAGCGUCCAUCGAAGAAGUCCAACCUACACCUACAACAGCAGUGGAUGAUGACGAAGAUAUCGAGAAAGAUUUGCAAGAGAUGCAGCAACAAUUGACUUCGUUGCGGUCGUAAGCGCCUUCAAUGAUCGAAGCGCUCAGAAAUCGAGUCUCUAGAAUCGAGAAAUUACCCCGUUUCCGUUGGGCUGAUCCGAGAUACAAGAAAUCUGUGCUCGCACUCGUAGGUUCUCGGUGAUAUUUUUAUUUCUAAUAUUUGUUUAUUAAUUUUUGUCUUAAAAAAAGGAACUCCACUAUUUUUAUACUAAAACCAAAACCUAGUCGCUGCAAUGUAAAUUUUGUCCUUUUCUUUCUUUCUUUGCCUAUCACUUCUUGGAUUUUGCUCAUCUCUCUCUCUCUCUAUGUAAACUUUAGGUCGAUUAAUGAAAUCCCAAAACUCAUUUGCAAUUGGGUUGGAUAUUUUAUUUUUGAGACAAACUUGAGCUUCUUUUGAAACACGAAGAUACACAUAACAUUUACGUGGUGUAUUUUUUGUAUAUAAAACCAGGAACUUACUUACAUUACACUUUUAUUUAUGUUCUUUAGAAUUUAGUGAAAAUAAAAUAAAAAUAAUUUAAAAACGAAACUAAAAUUUAAUAUAUUUGAAUAAACAUAAGCACUUAAGAAAGAAG